AUGCCUUCACGAUCGCCGACGCCGAGGCGUGAUGCUGCAUCCCGCAGUCCAUACUCUAGAGCUUCGCGCUCGCCUUCGCGCACGCCUCGCCGCUCAAUCUCGCCCCGACCAUCGCCCAGCCCACAACGCCGCAGCAGAUCUCGCACACGCACGCGCAGUCCCGCCCACUCGCGCAGCCGCAGCCGCUCCCAUCGCGCCCGCAGCACAUCCCGCGGUCAGCGCGACCGCAGUCCCACACCGCCAAUGCCUCGCAGCUCAAAAGUGAGUGUCUCGUCCACCCUCCACAGUCCGCAACAAGCAGCUAACCAAAAGCCCUCCACCUACGGCACAAUCGCCGACCUCGACAUGCCGCUCAACAAAUCCUUCAACACCAACCGCGGCACGGCGUACAUCCUCUACCACAGCCCCGAAGCCGCCGAGCGCGCAAUAGCUCACAUGCACGAAGGCCAACUGGACGGCGCAAAGAUUGGCGUCAGCAUUGUAUUGCCGCGCCGCAGAUUCAGUAGAUCCCCGCCCGCGAGACGUCCGCCGCCGAAUCGGUUUGGCGAGCCCCAUCGUUAUAGGGACAUGGCCGUUGCUGCUGUGGGAGGUAGAGGUGGGGGAGGAGGAGGAGGUAGAGGAGGAAGGAGAAGAGGUGGUGGUGGAGAUAAUGACGGCGAUACCUAUCGUCCUGGUCCUGCGAGGGAUGCUCCACCCAGAAACAGAAGUUACAGUCCCAGAAGCAGGAAAGACGAGGAGGAAGUCCUCGAGGAGGAGGAGGCGGCGGCGGCGGCGGUCGAGGCGGUGGCAGACGCAGAAGCCCGAGCUACAGCAGCUACGGCUCGCGCAGCAGAAGCAGAAGCAGAGACCGCAGGCGAUGAAUGA